AUGCGGUCGGUGGGGCGGUGGCGGGUCGCUUCUCCCGGUUUCUGCACCGGGCUCGUCCUCGACCGUGAGCCUGAGUCUCGGUUCUCCUCAGAAUCCUCCGUCCUGAUGACGGGCGCCCAGGGGCGGGGCGUGAAGGUGGAGGCGAAGUCUGAGGGUUCGUCGCCGCCGCCUUUGAGCUGCAGCAACUCCACCUUGUCGCUGUUGUCCCCCCUCUGCCACCAGAGCUUAACGUUCGAUGAGGACGACGGUGACGGGGAGCACAGGGAAGCGGUGGACGACGAUGCCCAUGACGCAUCGGCCAAGGUGGCGAGCCUUGCAGGCAUGGGAUUACAGGGGUGCACCAGCAGUGAAGCUGAAUCAGAAGAUAGCCAAGAACGGAAACAGAUGUGCUUACCAGAAAGCAGGCUGACACCAUGGGAGGUGUGGUUUGUUGGCAAAGAAAAAGAAGAGCGUGACCGGCUGCAACAGAAAGCUCUAGAG